CUCGCGGAUGCGGUGCAGGUCACCAUGGGCCCCAAGGGCCGCAACGUCGUCAUCGAGCAGAACUUCGGCGCUCCCAAGAUCACCAAGGACGGCGUCACCGUCGCCAAGAACAUCGAGUUCUCCGACAGAUUCAUGAACCUUGGCGCCAGCCUGGUGAAGCAGGUGGCCUCUGCAACCAACGACGUGGCUGGCGACGGUACCACCACCGCCACCGUCCUCACCCGCGCCAUCUUCAGCGAGGGAUGCAAGUCCGUCGCCGCGGGCAUGAACCCCAUGGACCUCCGACGCGGUAUUCAGGCCGCGGUCGAUAAGGUCGUGGCGGAGCUCAAGAGCAAGGCGAAGCUCAUCUCCACCACCGAGGAGAUCGCUCAGGUUGGAACCAUCUCCGCCAACGGCGAGCGCGAGAUCGGCGAUCUCAUCGCGCGCGCGAUGGAGAAGGUCGGCAAGGAAGGCGUCAUCACCGUUGCCGACGGCAAGACCCUCGAGAACGAGCUCGAGGUCGUCGAGGGUAUGAAGUUCGAGCGCGGCUACAUCUCCCCUUACUUCAUCACCAACUCCAAGACGCAGAAGUGCGAGCUCGAGAACCCCUACGUCCUGAUCUUCGAGAAGAAGAUCUCGGGCCUUAAUCCGCUCCUCCCGGUGCUCGAGUCCGUGCUCAAGACCAGCCGACCGCUCCUCAUCGUCGCCGAGGACGUUGAGUCAGAAGCUCUCGCCACCCUCAUCGUCAACAAGUUGAGGGGCGGCGUUAAGAUCUGCGCGGUUAAGGCACCCGGAUUUGGCGAGAACCGCAAGUCCAACCUCCAGGACAUCGCCAUCCUCACCGGUGGUACCGUCGUUUCCGAGGAUCUCGGCCACAAGCUCGACCAGGUGGACAUCUCCAUGCUUGGCACCGCCAAGAAGAUCACCGUCAGCAAGGAUGACACCAUAAUCCUUGACGGCGCGGGCGAGAAAGCCACCAUCGAGGAGCGCUGCGAGCAGCUCAGGGACGCCAUCGCGGAGUCAACCUCUGACUACGACAGGGAGAAGAUGCAGGAGAGACUCGCGAAGCUCUCCGGCGGUGUCGCGGUGCUCAAGGUUGGCGGCGCCUCCGAGGUUGAGGUUGGCGAGAAGAAGGAUCGCGUCGUUGAUGCGCUCAAUGCCACCAAGGCGGCGGUUGACGAGGGCAUCGUCUCGGGUGGUGGCACAGCGCUGCUCAAGGCAUCCAAGGCGCUCACCGAGCUGGAGGGAUCGAUGGCCAACUUCGACCAGAAGGUUGGUGUGCAGAUCAUCAAGGCGGCAAUCAAGGUGCCCAUGAAGACCAUCGCCAACAACGCUGGCGUAGAGGGCAGUGUUGUCGUCGAGAAGGUGCUCGGCAACGACGACGACAACUGGGGCUACAACGCCGCCACCGGUGAGUACGGCGACAUGGUUUCUUGGGGCGUCAUCGACCCGCUCAAGGUUGUCAGGACCGCCCUCACCGACGCCGCGUCUGUGUCUUCGCUCAUGAUGACCAGCGAGUGCAUGAUCGUUGAGGGGAAGAAGGACCCUGCUGACGUUGCGGCGGGCAUGGGCAUGCCGCCGGGAGGCAUGGGCGGCAUGGGCGGCAUGGGAUUCUAAAGUGACCCAACUCUUACGCAACUGUGCCGCAAAUUCUUAAUUAAAUUCGAUGGUUCAUCAUC